AUGGCUACUAAUCAGGUUAAUGAUGGAGGUGAAAAAGAACGUUUAAAACAGUACAAAAAUGUUGCAAAACAUGAGGAUAUGCGACGUAGACGUACAGAGUGCAGUGUCGAACUCCGAAAGCAGAAACGUGAAGAUGCAUUAAUGAAGCGAAGGAAUAUUGCGUGUGAUGACACGGAAUCUGAGUCUUGCACUGAGGACGAAAAUAACAAAGAGCCGGCAGCCCAAAGCACUACGCCAAAGACGCUUGCCAUCAGUCAGGUUGUUACCAUACUUCAAAAUAACCCCUCGCUUGAACAGUUGCGCAUUGCGUUUGAGUCAGUAAGACGUUUACUAUCUCGUACAAGAGAUGCUCCAGUUGAUAAAGUAAUUCAGUCGGGUCUGAUCGCUGCCCUUAUACGGGCUCUCUAUGUCGAGGACGAGAAAGUUCAGUUCGAGGCUGCUUGGGCACUGACUAAUAUUGUUUCUGGUACAAAUGAGCAAACUAUGGCUGUUGUUAAAGAAGGGGCUGUUGAGCCGCUUGUUGCAUUGUGCAGUUCUUCAAAUUUGCAAGUUGCGGAGCAGAGUUGCUGGGCUGUGGCAAAUAUCGCAGGAGACAGCGUUGAAACUAGAGAUUUGGUCUUAGAGGCGGGUAUUUUAGAAGCAGUUGAUGAGUUGUUUUCAAAAUUGAACGAGUUGACUGUCGAGUUUGUGAGAACACUGGCUUGGCUUCAUUCAAACCUUUGUCGUCAUAAAUCUCGAUCUGUUGAUAUCGGCGUUCUUCGAGUGAUUGCUCCGAGGUUGAAAAAAUGUCUAGUGCACGAGGACGUCUUUGUCCGUCAGGAUGCUUGUUGGGCACUAGCAUACUUGACUGAUGGUAAUGACGCUCAGAUCAAUGUGGCACUUGAAUGUGAUUGCCUCCGACCAGCGACCACGUUACUUAUGAGUACUAAAGAUAGUGAGGUCGCACCUGCCCUGCGUGUUCUUGGAAACUUUGCUACUGGAAGCGAUGAAUUGACUCAAGUGAUAGUCGACAGCGGCGUUCUAGAUAUUGUUCGAGAUAUUAUGGGCCAAACUAAAACUCAGUCAAUUUUGAAAGAAUGUUGUUGGCUUUUAUCAAAUGUAAUAGCGGGUACCCAGGUCCAGAUUGAUGCUGUUAUCAAAGCGAAGCUGAUUCCUCCAAUAAUCAAUGCUCUUGAAAAUGGUGACAGUCGCUCUCGAGUUGAGGCGAGUUGGGCUAUUGCUAACCUUUCACAGGGUGGGACAGCUCGUCAAAUUUCAUGUCUUGCGAAGCGCGAUUACUUGAAAGCGUUCUGUGAAGUUCUCAGCCCGUCUAGUCAUAUCGACCUACUGGUCAACAUUUUAGAAACCGUAUACUUUUUACUCACUACCCUCUCAAAUCAAGAUCCUGGUGUUAUGACGCUUGCUUCAGCCUGCGACAAUAUUGAGGAAUUUGGAGGACUAGAUAAACUCGAAGAGCUGCAACAGCAUCCUAAUGAGAAGGUUUAUAGCGUAGCAUAUAAAAUAAUAGAGCAGUACUUUAGUGAAGAAGAUGAUAAUGAGGACCAAAUUAAUCUCUCGACCAAUGGUCACUUCGAUUUCUGA